AUGGGCUCUGGUGCAAUCUUGGGCUCCGCCACAGACUCCAGAUGUAUCUUGGGCUCCACGGCAAUCUCUGGUGCAAUCUUCACCUUCGCCAAAAACUACGCGAUCGUCGGCACGAGUCCUGGUGCAAUCUUCGACUCUGCCAUAAGCGUCACAACGGCGUUGUGUGCUUGA